UCCGACUCCAGUCUUACCUUUCCCCAGGAGGGAGGGGGAAAGGGGGUCUCUCCCCCCCUCAACCCCGCUUGCUCUCGCGCACCGAGUGGGGAGAGGGCGUCAGCUGCCAACCUCCCCUGCACUGCCCUGCGUUCCCUUCUCCCUCUUAUGUCACCCGAGUCUUCCCCACCCCCUAGAACAGAACAGGAUAGUAGAAAUACUGUCUUUUGGAGUCUCCUCAGCGACACUGCUGAUUUCCUCUUCGCAUUCCCCCAUAUGAAGGGAAAUCUGGAAGGGGGGGGGGACCCAAACUCGAGCACGGGUUGUCCUUUUCGCAAAGUGGUCCAGGACGACUGUAUCUGCUGGGAGCCAGGCUGCUGCUCGCGUGGGAAACCUUGGAGGUUGGGGGCUUUCCUGCCCCUUUACAGAGAGGGCGUAGCCUGGGGUGCGGGGUGGGGACACCUGGUUGCUGGUUGUCCAGGUGCUGCUUCUCCCGCCCCCUCUCCCCUGGCCGCGGGGGCUGCUGGGAGUUGGAGCGCAGCGGCACCUGCUUCCCCCUUCCCCGACAGUCGCCUCCUAUCUCGCCCCUGCUUUUGCGCCCCUUCACACCUGCUCUUUGAAGAGAGGCACCGCAAAUUCCAUUCUCUUUUUGUAGGGGGAUUGGGGGGGCAAUUUAGGACUCCUUUCCCUGACGCCUCUGCACCUGCCUGCUCUGCCAGCUGAGCACCUCCUUGCCAGUUCAGUGUCAAGAUUUGGGACGGGGAGCGGCACCCCCUGUCUCAGGGCCCCUGAAAAGACAGGCGGCCCCAGACAGCCCACAGCUGGUAAGUGUUCCUCUUGAAGACCAUCCCUCAAUCCUUCUCUGCUGGAAGAAGGGGGACGCAGGCAGAAGGAGCAGCCCUCCAUACCUGUUGCAUCCCUUUCUGGGGUGAGAGAAAUGGUCCUCAUUGGUUCAAGAGUAUUCUUCUGCUUCUCUUCACCUGCCCCCCCCCCCGUAAGAAUUCUUUGGAGGGUUAUGUCUGGUAGAUUCUGCUUUGAAUACAAUUAGCUCAGUGUGUUAAUCAAAUUAACAGAGCAGCUGGGUAAUGGAUGCAAGAGAUGGUCAGCGAGCAAAAUGACUUAUUGGCUGUCACUUUGCAGGGCAGGAUGGUGUAAGUUUCCAAAGGCUAGAAAGAGCCAGAGGAACUUGUGUAUUUGCUUUUGGGGAAGAAGAAGGCUCUCUCUCUCUCUCUCUCUCUCUCUCUCUCUCUCUCUCUCUCUCUCUCUCUCUCUCUCUCUUUCACACACACACUUCCCCCUCCUCCACUGAGGUGAGCUGCUUGGAUAUUUCUUACCUCAGCAUUUUGAUGGACCUUGCACUUUAAAUGCUUUUAGAGAAGGAGGAGGAUUUUGACAGGUGUUGCCAGGACACACCUGGCAAAUGCACCCUCAAGGGCACAGGAGCCUUUGGGACUUUGCUUCUGCAAGACAUUUGAGGACUUUGCGGAGGGGUCUGUCUUGGUUCCAAAGAUGUGCAGAUAGAAGGAUUCUCAGUGUAAGAAACUAGUGUGUUGUUGGAGGUGGACUAGAGAGAUGGGGCAACUGGUAGACAGACACUGGUGCUUUUCAAGAAAAGUAACCUUGGUGUUCUGGAAGAAUUUGCCUAUGUUGCACAGUUUUAAAAGAUUGGUUUCUUUAUUGAAAAUAAUUUGACAAUUAGAGUAGAAAUAUGUUGUUUUUUUCAUUUCUUAGUCUUUCUCUCCAAUUCUCUUUACACCCUUGGAUGGAAGUGGCUUCCACAAAAUUUGCCUGUGGGGGGCCAGACUGGCCAGCAGGUGUGAUUCUGUUCCCCUAUGGUCAGUGUAGAUGCCUCAUGGGAAAAUGACUUCUCAGAAUUUCUUGCGACUGUUUUGUUUUAAUGAGUAUCUGAUUUUAGUUUUGGAGCAGUGGUGCAUCGUCUGAGAAGAUGGCGAGGCACAUAAGUAGAAGUUUGUUUAGGAAGGGCAGGAGGAGAGCUGUUAGAAUUUGAUAGUGUUGUGUAUUGUCCCAGUUCAAGAACAUAAUUCCUGACCACAGCAGAUGUAUGUGUGUGUGUGUUCUGGGAUUCCAAACCAGAUAAGUGCCUUUCCCAGUGCUGGUGUGUUCCUGAACAUGCUGUGGUUAAAAAUGCAUUUGGUGCCCCAGGACUCCUCCAAAUGGUUCAGCUUCUGUGAAGAGGAGGGGGGGCACUGAACUCCAGUACGUGAGUGUCUGUGCUGCGGCAGCAAAGUACAGAAGCACUUAAAAAUGACGUGGAUCCAUUACAUGCUGCUCCGUUAAUUGGGAGACUGACUUGUGUGUUUCCUCUUCUUUGGGAGGCAUUUUGCAGGGCUGUGCGGAUUGAUGCCCUGGCUGCAUGCCCAGGGUUGGUCUUGUGACAUGAGGAAUUGAUGAGCUGGUACACGCUCUUACCUUUUGCUAACUGAAAUAUUAAAGAGCAGUUGAAGUUGAAUUUGGUAAACAGAGUGGAAUUUAUGGCUGUUCUCUUCCUGUCAAAGCUGCUCCUAUGAAUUAGUAUUCUGCUGCCUGAGCGAAAUAUUUUCCUGUCAUGCAGUUUCUGGGCCCUGACUCUUGUGAUUUCCGCAGCAUUCACAGUUUGUGUUUAUAGGGUGAUUUUACCAAUUUCCAAAAGUCCUUAACAAACAUACCUGGCCUCAACCUGUACAGAGGAGACACUCCUGAGCCCUGAAUUGUUGGUUUCAGGAACAACGUGGAGUUUUCUGGCACAAGUUUAUAGUUUUUAUGGACUUAGGUCUCCAUUAGGGUCAUGAAGUGUUACGCAAAGCUUCAAAUAAAGGUACACUUCAAAUUUCACUUUAAAGGCUUUUAAAGCAGAAAUUGUGCCAAAUUGUAGUAAUGUUUGUAAAGUGUAGAGUGAGGAGAGUUUUCCUAAGCAUGACAACUCUCACUUUUAUUACUUUCAACAUAGUCAUAUAGAAAUAUUUGCUCCUAGCUCUGAAGGAAAGAGAAGGUAGUUAUUUCUUCACUGGGGGCUGUUUGGAUGUGAUGUUUUCCUGGGCUUUUGGCUUUAGAUUUGUGUCCAAGCUUGCCAUCCAAAUAUGCUUCUUCAUUCUGUGGGCUUUGCUUCUAAAGGGUUAGGCUCCAGCUGUUGUGUAGUCUCUGGGGAAAAUGAAGUUGUACUGCUGGAAAAGCAUUUAAUGGUUUUUGUAUUUGUUUAGAAACCAAUAAAAUUGUUUUUUCUUUUAAAAAAAAGGUUGGCGGGGUAGCUUUGGGGUAUUGCUCACAGUUUCAGAUGUAAUGAAAAUGAUACUUGUGCAACAGGGCAAGGGUGGUGCUGGUGGUGCUACUGGAAGAGAUCCCACCCUGGUGCAUUUGUUCACUCAUUUGUUCCUUAACCCACAGUCAUCAGAAUCCAGAUGAAGUUAAAGAGCAAAGACCUGCACCAUUUUUAGCAGGUGCUCAGCCUCCACAAUGGUUGGGUGUAGCUUCAGAACCCCUGCUGUGUGCCCUGACUCUCCUACCCUAACCUUAAAUAGCAGUCCUCUCCAGGUUGAUUUUGGAGGCCUUAAUGGGGCCCAGUAGCAGACGUGAUCCUUAAUUCGUUCUGGAGGUCUGCUCUUAACCUGAAACUGUUCUUAACCUGAGGUACCACUUUAGCUAAUGGAGCCUCCUGCUGCUGCCGCGCCGCCACUGCACGAUUUGUCUUCUCAUCCUGAAGCAAAGUUCUUACCCAAUGUACUACUUCCGGGUUACCAGAGUCUGUAACCUGAAGCGUUUGUAACCCGAGGUACCACUGUAUGAUUCACCCGACUUAUCUAGUGGUAGAAAUGUGGAGGUGCUAGAAGGAGCAUCAUUCACGUUCUGGUGCUACACUCAGUCAAGAUCUAGUGGCUCAGGUCUGCUCCUGUUGUGACUGCAGUCAUCAAGGGCAGCCCUAAGCAGCACUUGGUGCUGACAGACACCACCAAAUAUGGGGAGUAAAAGGAGGCAGCGAUGGGAGGCAGUGAAGGAAAUGAAGAGCUGUGCUCUUCCCUCCAACCAGUGGCUUGUACCUCUUGUUAUUACUUCCUCCCUUGCCUUGUUUAAGUUCUAUGCAACAGCAGAUGGCUGCAGAGAGAAUUGUACAUUUUUGCUAAUUCCUCUCUUAAACUCUGAGGCCAGCUAAGAGCGUCUUGUGCAAAUUGCUGGCUUAACAUUUUCCUUGUUGUGAGUUGACUCUUCUUUCUGUGGGGUUCGAUCUUGACAGCCCGGUUUAUCUCCUGUUUUAGUGGGGCUUGGCUAACAGGACUUGAAUGUAGCAAUUUCAAAUGUGAAAAUUAAAACAUGAUUAGUAAUCAGGAGAGUGAUUGUUCAGCCAGCUAACAAGAGAGCACAAACCUCCCAGGGUCCUUUCCUUCCCCAUCUGACCUGCCAUUACAUCCCAGUGACAAGGCUUUUGAUAAUCUCUGUGCCAAUUUUUUUGUAGCAAAUCCAAGGCCAGCCCAGGUUUUUCUUUCCAGUGAGAUCAUUUGCAAAAUAUGUUUCUCCCUUGCUGCAGGCAUAUUUCACUGUGUCACUUGCCAGUGCUCAUUUGCUGGGUACUGUGAUUCAUUAGCCAAGGCUAUCUUCUUCUUCUUCUUCUUCUUCUUCUUCUUCUUCUUCUUCUUCUUCUUCUUCUUCUUCUUCUUCUUCUUCUUCUUCUUCUUCUUCUUCUUCUUCUUCUUCUUCUUCUUCUUGUUUAAUUUUUCAAAGGGAAGUCACAAAAAUACAUAUCUUGGGAAGAUUCUUCAUAGUGAUUACUGUACUGUAUUUAUGCAAAUCUAAUGCACAAUGUACUUCCAUUUUCAAAACCUUAAAACCAAAAAAGUAUUUGUGGUGAAUGUAAAUGCGCCAUCAAACCUAAUGUGGACCCUAAUUUUCAAGAUAUAGUUUGGCCAAAAAAAGUGUGCACUACAUUUGAGUAAAUACGGUAAAUCAUGUGUAAUGUUUUGUUCCAUGACCCAGCUUGCUUGUCAGGGAGGAAACUGCCUCCACUCUUGGAACUGUUGUUCCCUGAUGUUUGUUUGGACCUGUGAUUUGGCCCAAAGUUGGGACCAGGCCUUCCUUGCCAAGGCCACAAACAAGUGACCUUUCACCUCUUGAACAUGGCUCACUACCUGCAAAGUGGGAUGGAAGUAAGAGCUGCCCAUAUAAAACAUGAUCCUGAGGCUUAGUACAGCUGUGAUCCAAGUUGCUACAGGGCUAGGAGCAGCUGCCUUUGGCAUUCAGGGGGAGCCUGAAAGGUCCAUCUCCAAACAGUGAAGCAAUUACUCUUGUGUUUCUUAUCUCCCUGGUCUCAACCCAUAAGUCCUGGAAGCUCACAGAUCCUUAUCAAGCCCCCCCCCCACUUUUUCAAUGCACACAUUUGCUUCAGCCAUUUAAGUCUGCCAUGGAAGAGAAAUUUCUGAAGGAGGGAGAAAUCUGAGCAGUGCCUUUUCUAGGUCAGCCUGCCUUUAUUUAUUCAUGCAUAUUUUCUGCUUCAUCCAAAGGGUUUGAAGCUUUUCAAUAUAAUGCAUAAAUAAUACUCUUCCAGUAUUAUUAGUCUUGCUAUUAUUUAUUUAUUUAUUUAUUUAAUAAUAAUAAUACCGGUAAUAAUUAAUUUACUCUGCUCUUGGGUCACAGAAUGAAAUCUUCUAAAAAUUUCAUCCUGUCCCACCUGUCAAGAGCCCCAUGAAUUGAGAAGAGAGGCAGGCUCCUCCUCCUCCUCUUCAUCUUCCUCCUCCUCCUCUGCCUCCUGAAGAGAGUCAUCGAGGAGGGCAGAGCAGUGUUCAAAAUUCACCAGGUGCCAGGUGACCAAGUGAAGAUGCCCAGGCUCCAGGUGGCUUACAUCCCCACCAUCUGGAGGUGCAUGGCUGGGGAUCCUUCAAUCUUGCCUGUUUUCACACAUUAACAACUAAUCCUGUAGAAUUCUAUCAGUGAUAUUUUAUCUGCACAAUCAGAAUGUAUUUCAGGAACAAAAGUCGUAUUGAAAAUACAAGUUUCAAGCCGUCUGGCCCCAACAUGGCAACUAGACAUUCUGUUUUGGUGUCUGUAACCCUGGUUUAAGGGACCCAGGUGGCUCUGUGGGUUAAACCACUGAGCCUAGGGCUUGCUGAUCAGAAGGUCAGCGGUUCGAAUCCCUGUGGUGGGGUGAGCUCCUGUUGCUUGGUCCCAGCUCCUGCCAACCUAGCAGUUCGAAAGCACAUCAAAAUGCAAGUAGAUAAAUAGGAACUGCUAUAGCGGGAAGGUAAACGGCGUUUCCAUGUGCUGCUCUGGUUUGCCAGAAACGGCUUUGUCAUGCUGGCCACAUGAUCUGGAAACUAUACGCCGGCUCCCUCGGCCAGUAAUGCGAGAUGAGCGCGCAACCCCAGAGUCGGUCACGACUGGACCUAAUGGUCAGGGGUCCUUUACCUUUAACCCUGGUUUAAGGAGUUGUUUGGCGCCUAGUUUAUAUAUCUGAGUUUCUAACACUGGGGCAGAGGCCAGAUCUCCAGGGAUUUCAGGGACAGUUUGCUCCAAGGAAAGUCUAAAUGGACUUUUUCAGGGCAAGGGAUGGGAGCUGCAACCUGCAGAAUGGAAGCUUUGCAGUGGCUGCAUUUAGCACUCUGCACAUACUCACAGGCAUAGUCUAUUUGCUCUGGGCACAGAGAUACUGGGAUCCCCUCUUUAUGCUUUCUUAAGAAAGAAGGCUGGAUUACUUCUUGCUUGGUGCCUGUGAAAAGGACUGAAAAAGAACACAAACCCUUUUGUGUUGGCGGGGAUAGGAGAGAGUGGUGUGGUUUCUGGGACUCACAGUAGCCAGUGAAAUCACUCAAGGCUCUUUGGGCCUGGUUUUGUGUUCUCAAAACCUGCCGCACCAAAAUAACAUGAAACUCUUCCAGGGAUCAUAGCGGGGAAUCUGCUUUGUGAGCUUUGCAAAGAUUCAGCCACUGUUUUGCUUCACGGUCUGCCUGGUUGACACCCAGGAUCAUGACAUGCUUUAACGGUAGCCCUGUACCUGGUUACGAAAGAAAGAAAGAAAGAAAGAAAAGCAAGGGGGGAAAAGCUGGGGAUUGGAGGAUAUUUUUAUCCUCCUGCCCACCUGUUCACCAGCAGUGCCCCCAAUAUGAUGCCUUCCCAAAUAUCCCUAGGCGGACAGAGGAGUCAUCUGCCUGGCAGCUGCUUCAACCCCUUGUUAUCAGUGAAUUCCUCUGCCUACCUGCCAUGUUUGCAUGUCUACAAAGAGUGCAGGGUUUCUCCCCAUAUUUUCCUUCCCAGCAAGCUUGUAGGGGUAGGCCAGCCUGAGAGGCAAUGACUGGCCUUGAAAUCACCCAGUGAGCUCCAUAGUUGAAUGGGAAUUGAUCCUGGGCCCUACCCCACCCCCACUUGGACAUAGUCCUCCACUUACAGCAUACUUGAUCUUCUGAAGUGUUGCCUUUUACAGAAUCUUCAUAUCUGGAAGCACUUUGAUGCCCGGUUUUAAUGCAUCUCUGCAAGAGGGCAGAGUUAAGGUUGCAACCCUAAAUUUGAAUUUCCUGAUGCUUGCAGAAAUGUUUUCUGUUUUUAUUGCACCAUAGAUUACUAGGCUUGUUUCAGUUCUCAUUAUGGACUUAAAUUCUGUUAAAUGUUGGAGGAGUUCUUUUGUUCUCAGCAGUUUUCCUGUUGUUGUUUUUUUUUGAAGGCUGUAAAAUCAUUAGUGUGAAGGAAGAUUAAAAAGAUGCAUAACAAUUAAAAUGUUAAUGCUGCCUGCAUUUCUGUCUUCUGAAGCUGCUCAAGCAUCUUGGACAAUCUUCUCUUACUCCCCUUCUCAUCUUAACUGCACAAUUUUUAUUCUGCACCAACUCCCUGCUGAGCCAGUUAUCCUGAAAUGGGAACACAGACACACACAUUUGGGGAGUGGGGGACUUCAAGGCAACAAGCCCUGAGUCCUGUUGGUCCUCAAGGGACACCUGCCUGCCACCUCCCACUCAGUCCUGCUCUUACAGGUGGCAGUACUGGCUCUCAGGCCUGCUCCUUUCCUCUCUGCCUUACACUUUGCCCCAAUCUCAUUAGCAGCUCUCCCUUCUGCAGGGCCAGUGGGAAGACACACCAAGUGCCUCUGUCUAAGCAACAGGUCCAACAACUCCCAGAGUGAGCAAUUGGGAGCUGCAAGGGGGAGGCAUAAGCUGCCAGCAAGAAAGAAGAUUCCCCCCUCCACACACUGCUGGUUUGUCUUUGGAAGUUGCAUUUUUGCCUGAAAUGUAUUGCCUUCCAGAGCUGAUUGACAUCUUGGACUCUUGGGAUUGCCUUUGAAUAACUUGCUUGGAUGUUUGAGUUCCUUUAUUUUUAUGAACAGCAUUUAAAUUGUUAUCCCACUUACCCCCAAAAUUUGUGUCUCCAACUGCCAGCCACGUGCAGGGAGACAUUCCCAAAACUGUUUUAUGGAUGUAGAAUGACAACAUCUGAAACAGCAAUCCAAGAAUGCCAGUGAAUUUGGCCACAGCCUUUGCUUCUCCUGAUUUUAUAAAUCCCCUCUUUCUCAAAUAGUGAAGGAAACAAACUGAUCCAUCUGUUCUUUGCAUUGGUGAAGAUCCCAUGACAACUGUGCAGCCAUUUAGUGGUUAUUGCUCAAACAUCUCUUGAAGCAGAUAUUACUAUCUCACAAAGUCCCAUACAUAAUUUGGGGAAGGGGCCACUACCGUAGACACAGGGGACUCCAAAAUCUGUGGUGGAAUCAGCAAGCCUCGUUUGUCUGACAUGCCAGCAGAUGAUGCAACAAGACUUUUUGCUGUUUUCUCCAACAGAAUGGCACAAUGACCCUGCAGGAAAUUGUCUUUUCUGAGUUUGGCAUUCCAUGUGAGCUGGAAUAAUGCACAUACACCCUACAACAAGCCCCCCAAAACAACAACAACAACACCACGGCCCAAGAGUCUGUUCAGCAGCCUCAGCUUUAGCAGCAGGAGUCAGUUGGGACCCCACCCUCCCAGGCCAGGUGGAAAAUGCAUCAUGAAGAGAUGUGCAACAUAGCAAAAGCUUUUAGGAAACAGUUGAAAAGUUGCAUAUAUAAAAACAGUCUAAACCUUUUUUUUUGCUUCUGUGUGUAUAUAUUGUGCAUAUAUAUUGUGCAUUUAAAACAGUGGCACAUGCAUCAAGUCAGCAUGACAGCUUCCCCAGUGUAGGAGGCCCAAGGCCGAUGCUGACGCUUCUUUUGCUUCAAGCUUUGUUUUCCCAGAUCCUACAAUAGCACAGCUCAGAGAAAUGCCAAGGCUGGCUGAGGGCCAUUUCAGACAAAACGGGGGCAGUGGACUAUGUGUGUCAGAUGUAGGGGGCUCAAGGGGCCUCCUGGGAAUGGUGUCCAAAAUAGGUCUCUGUUUUGUGAGAGAAAGAUGGAAACUGUCAUAAAUGGCAGACUUGUCUCCCCAUGACUUCCUCUGAUAUUUCUGAACUUGAAUGAAAGCCUGGGCCAUCACCAACACGAUCCUUUUUCCUCCCACAAUACUUGUUCUUAUUAAUGCACUAAUUAGUGCUCCCCCUUCUCCCUCUCCUUUCCCCCAUGUGCCCAUAGAAUGGAAUCUGCUAAACAAAUGGCUCUGAAGAUAUCCUAUUCCUUAUAAGAUGUUUGUGUGGCAUCGUGAAUUAGAGUAGCGAGAGGUUUUAAUUCAAACACAGUCACAAGAAGGGAUAUUUUUCUCGCUCAGUUUUCUCCUUACAUAAAUGUUUUCUUUUAUAGUGCAAAUUACUGUGGAGAAUGUUUUGACUAAACUUUCCAGACUUUUCCUGGCACUCUGGAGAAAUGACAACUGAUUGUUCAGGCUUUGUCAGGGUUCUUGACAAGCCCUUUGCUUCUCCCUCCUGCUCCCAGGGCUGUGGUCACUUGUCUCUCUGACCCCCCUGCCCUGCUCCCUCCAGGUAAUACUCUACUUGGACUGUGGGGCUUCCUGAAGGGGCUGCAAUCUGCCUCCCCCUCAGUGGCCCAGGUCAUUCUUGCCUCUUUCCAGAUAGAUGGCCUUACUGGUCCCUUCCAACUUUCGGUCUGUGAUUCAAUGGGGGAGGCAGCCCUGCAGAAUUGGCAGAGUUAGUUUACUGCCCUUGCAAUAAAUGCAUCUUUGAUCCCUAAACUAGGGAAGAGUUAAUCCUUUUCACAUCUACAGUGAUACAAUUUAAAUAUUUUUUUCUUCCUCUCUCAGCAUGAGAGUAACAGCCAAGAAUCUCAAUUGGUUAUGUAAAUUCAAAGCAGAGGCAUGAUUAUUCCAACUUCGUUUAAUUUGUGAGUGAAUAUAAUAAAAGGUGUUCUGAAAAUGAAUUAUAAUGACGCUUGGCUCAGGCUAUUCUUGCAUAAAAUAAGUGUCCGACUUCUGCCUAGCUGCAGGAUGGAUCUGUGGGGUACCCCCCCUCGUUUGCUCUUGCUGUCUCCCCUUCAAAAUAAAUAAAUCAAAUUGUGAAUUAAUAGAUUGGCAUGCAAAAGCCCUAGGUUCAACAGCCAAUAUAUCUAGGUGGGAAUGUUCUCUGCCUGAAAACCUGGAAAGUUGUUCCUGCCAGUCAUUGUUAACACUACUGAGCUAGAUGGACCAAUGAAUCUGACUCGGAAGAAGGCAGCUUCCAAUGCUCCUAAAUGAAGAAGAGCCCUGCAGCUGGAUCAAACCAAAGACCAUCUAGCCCAGAGUCUGAUGUCUUGCUGUGGAACAGAUUGUUCUAAAGGGCGUGAGGCUCUGGGUCCUGCCACUGCUGGUGCUAAGUACCAAAGUUACCUCCUUACCUCCUCCUCUUCAUCUUGGUGCUUUGGUCACAGUUUCCACCUCUGUUUGCUUUGGGGUCAGGGGGUUCCACUGGGAUGGAUGCUGCAGAGAGUUACUUCAGGUUGUAGUGUGGACAUGCCACCUGAAGAUUGCUACCCCCACCCCCUGCUGCACCCGCUAUUCUUUGGAGCAAAUAAAUCUACACAAAUCCUAACUGCUAUAAAAACACACCCCAAUUGUACUCCAGGCUAUUCAAUAUAUAGCAGAGCUUAAAAGCACUUAUUGCCUUUCUCCCUCUUGCCGGAAAAAGAUGAAACAAACCCAUUUGUAGAAAAGCCUCAAAUGCAGAAACCAACUAUUCUAAUUUCCAGUCCAUUCCCUUUAUUCUUCCCCCUUUCUAAAAUGUAAAAGGAGCAGGGCACAAUGCACAGAAGAAAUGAUUUCCAUAAGCAGACCAUUUCGGCAGCUAAUUUUACCACCACUUACAUCUGACUUUAUGACUAAUAUCUCAUGCUAACUAUAUUAAUCCUAUCAGGUUUUUGGAGCAAGAAAAAAUGAGACUGUAUAUUUUAUGGAUGCAGUAACUUCUGAGCCAUUAGACAUCUAUGCUGACAUGAAAGUAAUUAAAUAUUACAGGGCACCAGUUUCCCCCAUGAAAACCCUGGAUGUUUGAAUGUAGCUUUGCAGGUGGGGGAUGUGCAGAUGACCCCUUGAAUAUUACUGGUUAUAGGUGAGCAGUCUUUCAUUUUUCCUUAGUUGUGAAAGAGGCAAGUGUGUCCCGCCUUAGUUGCAUGAUAGCACAGGCCCUUUGGUCCAUUGUAGUGGGAGGGGUGGAUUGGUGCUGUUUUAGUUUUAAUUUAAUAUUAUCUUGUUUUUUGGUGUAGCAGCCAUUUAUGUAAUGCAGCUGAUGGCAAAAUGUUUUGUUAAGGGUUUCUCAGUUAAGUCUGUUUCUGCAGAGAAUAUAAUGGUUCUCGGAGACCCAAUUAAGAAGCUAGAACAUUAAUAGGGGCCAUAAAUCAUCAAGUUAGAGCCAGCAAGAGUGGUUCAACUUGCCCUUUUGGACAGUUUGCUGUUCUGCUGCUUAGUCAUUCUGAGGGGCAUGCAGGGAGGUUUGGGGAUUAAUAGGGGCAGGGAACUCAACUGCUGCCCAAGGAUGCCACUUGGCGCAAGGGACUCUGGUUCUUAGGCAUCUCCUGGCUCUCUUUGGAUGGUGUUCUUUGUGGGGAAUCACCCAUGCCAAGAGGGACAUGAUGCUGAGCAGUGCCAUGCUUGCUAUUUAACUAAUGUGGCGAGUGAGCUUGAAAGCUGUUUCGACAACUGUUUGUUUUUUAAGAAGUGAGCAAACACUGAGAGAAGAACUUUGUGGUUAAAAAUAAAAUAAAAAGAGGAGGAGGAGAAAACAGCAAGGGAGAGCACAGUCUUAUUUGAGCUUGACUGCAAAAUUCCCUGUAUUUCCCAAUUUUGAAGGUUGUAACUUCAGCUGUGCAGAAUGUGCAUUUUUCAGAGCGCUCUCACUGACAAGACCUGGCUGAAAUUCUCUCUUGUGAUUCUCAUUCUUUCAGCUGGGAAGGGCUCUGUGGGGUCAGUGCAUUUACUCCAUUGAUGCAACCCUGGACUUGUGUAAAGCACUGUUUUGCUAUUUUCCCUGAUGAGCUAGAUGCCUCCUCCCCAUUGCCCAGCAAUCCAUCCUAAUCUGGUAGCUGCAAAUGGAAAGGCAGGAGGAAAUCCCAAUUCAUGAACAGGACCUGAGCUCCACAGAAGCAACUCUCCAUACUUGUGAUUUCCAGCAACUGGACCAUCAUGGCAGGAUGCCUCUGAAUACCAAUUGCCGGGAGCGGGGCUAGUGGUUACUGGUAUGCUGAUCCUCAGGCAUGUCCAAAGUCCAUUUCGGGGGCCUAAUCCGGCCCGCUGGUUGGUUUAAUCUGGCCCCUGUGGCAGUUUAUUCCCUGGGGUAACAAUCCUUAAAAAAACCUUAACAAUCUCAAUCCUAAAAGAAGCUCAACAACUCCAACCCUUAAAAAAUCUCAACAACUUCAGUCCUAAAAAAAAACCAAAAACCCCAAAAGGUCAAAAACUUCAAUCCUAAGAAAGGUCAACAACAACUUUGGUCAGCCCUUUGGUAGGCCCCCACGACCCUUCAUCAAAUCUGGCCCUCUUUGAAAAAAGUUUGGACACCACUGCUCCAAGAGCUUGCCUAAUGCUCUUUGUCCAGGAAACUGAGCUAAGGAAGGGGAUGUUUGCUGAUGAAUGUGCCUGGGCCCUUUUGCCCUUGCUUUGACACUUGCACAAGUGGGGAGCAUUUUACUGGUUCCUGGAGUGCUGCAGAGGACUAAUGGGCCCACUCAGUUUUGUUCUGUCCUCUUCUCUGGGUCUUCAUCCCCAGCUGCUCCACACAUAGGAGUUUCCCCCCCCAUAGGCACUGGUGGGGGGCAGUAGUUGAGAAAGGGGAGAAUGGCUGAGGAAGCUGUUUCCUAUCCCUCAGCAGAUGGACAAAACAGCUGCAGAAUUGGUCUCUGAGUCAGGUCCAGGUUCAGGUCACCUGGUGGUUUAUGCAGCCGCUCCUCUUCUGCCUGAGAAGGAAGGCAAAGUAUAGGAAAAGGACUUGGCUUCAUAGGCUGAGCAUUUGAAUAUUUUCACAGGCAAGCAGAGAAAAGCAUAUUGAUCCAGGGAAGCUUCCCAAAAUGCUGGGCUUAUUUGCAAACCUUGGAAACGCUUCCAGCUUCUGCAUAUUUAUUUUCUUUCUUUCUUUCUUUCUUUUUUAAAGGAAGCAUACAUGAAAUACAGUAUAAUGUCAGGACGAUAGUUGAUCGUAAGUCGUAGGUGGAGUCGUAGGUGCUGCAAAAUGAAUGAGUGCCCAGAUCCGAGGAUGGUGGUAUUUUGCACCAGGGAGGCUAGGAAAAUAUCUGCACUGUAGACACCUUUGUGUGUAGCAAGCUUUUAGGAGGUUUUUGCCCUAUGUCUGCUUGUGGACCUGGAGUGAAGCCACAAGUUAGUUUGCUUGCUGGGCUGCAGCUCCGUUGCUUUGCUUAUAGUUUACAGAAGAGCCGAGGCUGCCUCCGUUUCCUCUCCAUUCUUCCACUCCACAUAUGGGACCCCCUAUAAGGCAAGGUGGACAGGGUCACACAGAGGGCUGCUCCCCAAGGCUUCUUGUUCCAGAAAACCUCUGAAUUUGUUGACAUACUUGAGGAGUGAAUCAACCCCUAAUGAGUUCUUUGUCGUGGGGUGAUCAUCUAAGGGGGGUGGGGGUGGGGUCUUGCACUUCUUCCUCCUGCAAGAUUUCAAAGGGUUCAGGAAGGCAGUGUGGAUGUGGAAUCCUUGGGCUGUGUGGACACAAGAAGGUUGUACGUUGAGGUGUCUGGUGUGCAGCAGGAGCAGCAGCACCUCGUGGUUGUGGGAGUAGAGAAGAGCUCCCCCUACUUUUUAGAAAGGUCUCUUUGUGUCUGGGUUGAUAACUGCCAAUCAAGUUUCCAUCAUUAUGGGAGGUAUACCCUUAGCCACCCGCUUCUGGGGAAGGGCAGCAGGUGCAGUCCUCGGUGCCAUAGUCCCAGGUCUUGAGUUUGGACUGUCCCUUUCCCACCUUGCCUUGUCCAAAGCAACCUCCUCCAGAGUUCCCUCCUUGGGGAACUUCAGGUUUUGCUCUGAUAAGAGGUUGGAUGGCCAGCUGUCAGGGAUGCUUUCUUUAUGAUACUUUUGUUGCUGGGGGUUGAACCAGAUGACCCUUGGGGGCUCUUCCAGUUCUAUGAUUCUAUGAAGAAAUGUGGCACUGGGGUGGAGGUGCAAGGGUGGAAGCAGCUUAAGGUGUAAAGCACUAUGUGUUCUGCGAACGCAGGGCUGGGGACUUGUCUGUAUGCCAUGGUGUGGGGCAGAGCUGGCCCUCACCAGCUGGGAGUUCUAAGUGCCCCUUCCAUUGGAAGGAAAAUGGAACAUGGGCAUUACAGCUUCUUUUGUGGUGGGUGGAGGGUGGUCCUGUGUGUGUGUGUGUGUGUGUGUGUGUGUGUGUUGCCCCUCUCCCUCUCUCUCCCCACCCUCUGCUGCAUCCUCUUGCUUUCUUCCACCUGCUUGCCUCCCUGGUUCAGCCUCUUCCUAGUUGCUCCUUCCAGCCUUUGGCUUACAGGCUCUCCCAGCCUGGGUGGCUGCUGCCUUGUCUCGCCUGCCCUCCUUCCUUGUACUUCUGUCAUGAAUCAGAGCAACAUUUAACAAAACAAGAUCCUCUCACUGUUGCAAAAGAGCUUUGGGGAAAUCUGGCUUUUGUGGUUCAGGGUCUUACUCCGAUGCACCAGGAAGGCAGGCAACGUUUAGCUUUUAUUUGGCCCAGAGGAUUCUUACAACAUUAUCCACAUUUCCUUUAAUUUGUGGGAUUUCUAGUAAAUGGGUUUAAAAUUAGGUCUGGGCACAAAGCCAAAGAACAUCUGAAUGGUGCAAAACUGCAAGGCAACAAAUGGCGAAUUCUGAACAGUUUGCUUUCAUUUCUCUCUGGGUGCUGGCAGGAUUAACGGAAGAAAGUGUGUGUGUAUGGGGGGGUGUUAUAUUUUUCUCUAAGCUACCAUAGCUGCGGAGAGGCAUUGCCCAUCAUCCUACCCCACCUGUUCCUUCUUUGGAUGUGUGAAUGGGCUUAAUCAAUGCACAUCAGUUAAAGGAGCACGUGAGUUAAAGGGGCACAUUAAAAGGCAUUAAUCAGGCUGGUCCCCUACACCUCUGCCUGGCUACUGGGCUCCUUAGGUUGUGGCCCUGCUGAGGGUGCCAUGUGUGAGGAGUAUGUUUAGUUUGCACUAGAAACUGGGCUUUUAGUGUUGUGGCUCCAGCCUUCUGGAAUCAUGCAAGUGUCUUGAUAUUUAGUCACUUUUGCUUAAGGAAGUAUUCCUUGAAAUAGGACCCAGUCAUUUGAUGGAAUAGUUAUGGUAUAAUUGUAUAAGUCAAUCUAUUGCCUUUAUUUUGCUGAGUUUGUAAUCUUUUAUAUUUUGUCUUAAUUGCACACAGCUUCAUUAACAUUUUUGUUGUGAAGAUGUUUUAUAAACCUACAGUCGCUCCAUUUCCCCAAGGGAAAUAAGAGGGAAAAGAGGAAGAUGGAGUUCACUUGCUGGGGGUGGGGAAUUUCCUAAGGAAGAAGUGGCUGCCAUGUGGGGGCCGGUGAUGGACAGAGGUGGUGGUCUCCUGCAAAAUGUCCCCCUUUUCAAACCAGAACUCUGUGAACAGGCAAAAAUGUGAGCAGCUGCUGUUCCACGCUGCACUGGGAGGUCUCCUCCAGCCAGCCCUAUAAUACUUAACCAUCCUUACAUGUGAAAGGGAACUAAUUACUCCCAGGGAGAGUCUUAACCAGCUUAGCCAGAAGGCUAAUGAUUCUUGGGGCAGGGGGAUAGAUAUUGCAAUGAGCAUCCAAGUCUUAAGGAGACUUCUGAAAGAGGUUGCAAGAGGAGGAGGAGGCUGAGUCAAGCCUUUGGUCACUCCCAUCAGCCCUGUGAGAGUUGGGAGUUCCCACACUGUAGUGGCAGCUCUCUAAGACUUGAAGUAGAAACAAGGGCCUUCCCAGCCCCACCUAGAGGUGGUAUUUGGGGCUGAACCUGGGAACUUCUGCCCCCUCCCUUCCCUCAUCCAGCCUGCUGAGUCCUUCUCAACCACCAGCUGUGUCUUCCUUGGCCUCCCCAGGGGUGGCUGUCAUCUGUGACUUGUUCUCUCCCUUGGCCUUCAGCAAAGAGUGGGAAAGUAGCAAUGCUUAGAACCCCCUGGAAAAAAACACAGGCAGAGAGAAAGUCAAAAUAUCUCAAUUUUAAAAGUAAAAUAACAAAUUGGAAGGCCAGGGGAGGUGGGUGGGUGCUGUGGGGCUGCCCACAGGUACCACAUUGAGUGUGUGGGUGGGGACCCAGCUUUAAAUAACACACAUUUGGUUUUUCCUGCUGCCUUCUGUGUAGUUUAUUAUUUUAAUGUGAUUUUAUCUGAAAUGUUGUGCUUGCUAGCUGCCUUCGGGACCCAAAUUGCACAGGGAGGUGGGACCCCAAGGACAGCAUAGAAUUGUAGGGUUGGAAGGGACCCAAAGGGCCAUCUAGUCCCACUCAUCUAGUCAUCUAUUCCAACCCAUAGAACAGAGCAACCUCUGGGGAGGGGCCCUUCUCCCUUCCACCUGUCCUGAACCUCAGUUCCUCUCCUGGGUGUAGGGUGGGUUCCAACCUUAUUGUUGUUUCCCGGACAGUUUUUGCAAUACCAGACCUGAAUGGCAAUACAGCAAAUGUAAAUCUCCAAGAGAGAAAGGAUUACAUCUGAUUUUAAGCACAAUUAGAAAUGCAAGUGGAACACUUUGUAUUUCACCUCAUCGUCUACUAUUUAUGGCACGAUAUGCAAAUAAACCAAGCUAUGAAUAUUAAACUUGUAAACUCUUUCUCUGCCUCUUUGAAGGGUGCAGCCAGGGGGGCCUUAACCACUGCCUCUGAUGGCUCAAGGGGGCCCUGUCCACCCCAGGGCUUCCUUUGUGGCAAGAGGAAGGGAUGGCUAGAAACUACCUAGAUGAAAUGGAUUCAGCCCUUGGGAGAUCACAGAAUAACAGGAUUGUAGGAAUGGAAGGAACUCAAGGGUCAUCUAGUCCAACCCCUUGCAAUGCAGGAAUCUCAGCUAAAGCAUCCCUGACAGGUGGCCAUUGUGAGUCAGUUGAUGAAUCAGAGGCAAGAGUAAAGGUAAAGGACCCCUGGACAGUUAAGUCCAGUCAAAGGCGAUUAUGGGGUUGCGACAUUCAUCUCGCUUUCAGGCCGAGGGAGCCGGCGUUUGUCCACAGUCGGCUUUCCGGGUCAUGUGGCCAGCAUGACUAAACCGCUUCUGGUGCAAUGGAACACCGUGACGGAAACCAGAGCGCAUGGAAACACUGUUUAUCUUCUCACUGCAGCAGUACCUAGUUAUCUACUUGCACUGGUGUGCUUUUGAACUGCUAGGUUGGCAGGAGCUGGGACAGAGCAACGGGAACUCACCCUGUCGUGGGGAUUCGAACCACCGACCUUCUGAUUGGCAAGCCCAAGAGGCUCAGUGGUUUAGACCACAACGCCACCCGUGCUGCCCUUCCAAGAGGCUUUGUAGGACUGGAGAUGGUGGAGAGCUUGGAUAGGAUGAACUCUACAGAGCCAGCACACUGGCAGUGACAGGAUCCCACCUUGCUGUUUCCUCCAGGGAGGACCCAGCUGAAUUUUAAGGAAAAACAGCUGAGUUUCUUUCGCUCUCCACCCCCCUCCCCAAAUCUUUCAAGUUGGCCCUUUCAAAUCAAUUCAUGCCAAAGUAAAUACCUGUAUUUUUAUAUACUCAUUAAAUUAUGGUGUUGUCCAAAUCCAUAUUUGAUUAUCACAUCCCACUAAUAAGUACUUGCUGAAGCAAGCAGAGGAAGUGACAGUAAAUGCUUUUUGAGGCCUUCUGCACUUUCCUGUCCCAUACUCCUAUGUUGAGCACCGAUAAGAUGCUUCUGCUGUUGGGCUGCUCCUACUGCUCCUCCCACCCCCAGAUAAGGGGCAGAGCCAGGCACUUGCAUUUAUUGAUUUACAAAGUAGUUAUUUAUGAAAGUUUUCUUUAGAAAAUGUGGAAGCACUAGAGCAGGGGUCAGCAAACUUUUUCAGCAGGGGGCCAGUCCGCUGUCCCUCAGACCUUGUGGGGGCUGGACUAUAUUUUUUGGGGAAACUGAACGAAUUCUUAUGCCCCACAAAUAACCCAGAGAUGCAUUUUAAAUAAAAGCACACAUUCUACUCAUGUAAAAACACCAGGCAGGCCCCAUAAAUAACCCAGAGAUGCAUUUUAAAUAAAAGGACACAUUCUACUCAUGUAAAAACAUGCUGAUUCCUGGACCGUCCGCGGGCCAGAUUUAGAAGGCGAUUGGGCCGGAUCCAGCCCUUGGGCCUUAGUUUCCCUACCCAUGCACUAGAGACCCCCACCCUGCCCUGCUGUGUAGGAGGGAGUACUGUAUGGAGAAAUCUGCUAUCCAACCUCCUCUUCCCCGGACAAGAUCCUGUGUGGAGGUUCUUGCUCUAGCUCCCUUUGAGAGAGGUAAAGAUUCAUGGCAAGGGAGGUAGCCUUGUGGGCAUAUGGUUGCUCUUCCCCAGAUUUGUGUUGAGAUAAGCACCCAAUUUGCUUUCUGUUGGUGCAAGUGAAAUGCCCAUUGUAGCAUCCCUGCUUUGUGCCUUCCCAUCAGCAUGCAGAAUGGUGGCCCCCAGUGAGACCCAAGGCAGUGAGACCCACUGCUUGCCUUGGAGGUAGUGAGACCUACACUGCUUUUUGACUGUGUUGCUCAAAUCUUGCUCUUUGAAGUCUAGUCUCUCCUUUGCCUGUUUCUGUUUGAUUCUCAAAUGUGCUUUUGUCGGAGCCCCUCAGCCAAGGCUGGUUAUUCUUUGGGGCUACCAUGUCUUUGGGGCAAAUUGUUAAUUGUUACAUUUUCCCCAUUUUGGCGGUGUUGUUUCAUGCUUUGUUUUGUGUUCCAGGGCCUCAAACUGGCUUGGGCCAUCUCUGUCCAGCUUUUGUUGCACCGUCUUCCCAAGUAGGGCCCUCCUCCUCCUCCUGUUGAUAUUUGUCCCACAGGUGGCAUUGUGAAGGGAAAUCCCAGAUUCUUCCCUGUGGAACAGCAGCACACAUGUGCCCCCCACCCCCAGAAGGCAGGGCUUGUUCCUGGGUAGAGCCUGGCCUCGCUGGCUACAGAAGCAGGCAGAGUACUUUGAUGGCUGCGGGUUUGGUGUGUGGGUGUGUAUGUAUGUGUGCGUGUGUCACAGUCUCCCUGAAGAACAGACAUGGCUCAUGAAUGCAAAUGGAAAAUAUGCCAAUCUCAGCAUUGUAGUUGCAUGUGAUAAAUACUAUUUGCAUAUCAUUUUCCUGACUUUGAUGAGCAUCUGAAUACAGUUUCACUUAUUCUUCAGCUUCAUGGCUGGCAGAUUGGGAAGGUCUGAAUGGGGAAUGUGUUUCAGCUCUUACAGCAACAUACUACCCCGAGUCUUUUUUCAUGCUGAUGUGAAAUUUCAGAACCAAACAAAGAAGGGAGUCAUCAGGCUGCCUCCACCUCAAAGCACCUGAAGGACCACUGAUUUAUUUAUUUUUGGUGGGGUGUGUAUGUGAGCGAGCUUAUUGUUGGCACCCAUCUGUCUCCAGAGACAGUAGAGUGCGCCUUCAGGGGUGAAGUUAAACCAUUGCAUUAGCAGCACCGAAGUGACUUUGCAGGGGAGUAAUCAGUGUAUAUGGAGGUCCAGGCUGUCCAUAUGGCAAGACCCCCCCCCCCCCAGCCUUGCUAAUGUGGUUCAAAGAAAAGCAGAGCAAUAUGUUUGGCAUCAGCUUGCCUGCAGGAGUUGUCAGGAGACACUCAAGGCAUCUUCCAAGCGUCUUAGGGACUCCACUCUGGAUUUGUGUAGGGUUUACUCCUUAGCCUUUUCUUCUCCCAAAUAAGGCAGCAGAGGUUUAGGAUCAGAGUUUUCCUAGUUGGUUUCCUUCACAGGUUGAUGAGCUCCAUCUGCCCCUUACUUCCUUCUACAGCAUGUGCAGAAACCGCCUUCUUGACCAUUGGACCCACUAAUAGUUUCUUCUGCUCAAUUUGCUGGAGCCUGUCUUCACAUGCAGGCGACGUACCUAACUCACUUAGGUUUUGAGAACCAUUGGCUACCCUCACCUGGUUUAGCUAGCCAGUUGAAGCUGUUUCCUGGGGUGUGGCUGCUGUUGCAUGCUGACAGCUUCUAGGAGCCACAGGUGAGAGCUGAAUGUAGGGUGGGGACCCCAAGGUGGACAGACUACCCCAAAAGGAGCACGAUGUGUCCCCCACCAGAGGUAUUACCCCUCUCCUAACACCCCAUACACUGGGGAACGAGAAGCCCACAGUCAUUAAUCUUUUUGCAUAUUUCAAUAGGGACUAGCGAUGUCUUGUUUCAAAAACCUAGACUCACAGAAAACCAGCCUAGGAAAAGAGUUUCAGGGUUGAGGUCAUGGGCAGCAAACAGAGGGCAGCAGCUGCAGUAGGACCAAAGGCUGAAGCAAGGUCCAGCUGAAACAGCAAGCCUUUUCAACCCCUUCCUGCCUAUGAAGGUCCAGUAGCCAGAUUGUGUGGGGGGCAGAGUGAGUGGCUCAGUCUUUGCAGUUCUGUGGCUCACUGCAUGGGGCAGCUGCAUGCAGGCCCAGGAGCUGCUGAGGGAGUCCAGAGGCUGGGGGGGGCAUCCAAUUAGCCUCCACCCUUAAUUUUGAAGGGGGUGGUGCUGUGAAGGUCAGGAGGGGGGAGACUGGGGGAAUCCCACCUGAAUCUGGCCCAAGGCUGCCUUGUAGCCUUUGGCUGCUACUCGAAAUAGGGGACACUAUGCUCAGGUUCCUGUCCAGUGUCAUGGGAGGCAAGGAGGGAAGGACGGAGAAGCACAUCUGCAGCCCCUGCAAAAGUGAGUCCCCCAGCUACUUGCCUGCCUGCCAGCCAGCCAGCCAGCCAGCCAGAUGGAGAAGUGAGCUGCCUUCUGCCUUUUCCUUUUCCCUUUCCCUUGCAGUAAAAAAGGGGGGGAACCCGGUCCCCAUUGCAUCAGAACUAGGCAGCAUUCCUGGUGCUCUCAUGUCGGUUUCUGCUGACUCACAGUGUAACUUGCUGAAGGGAGAGAGAAAACAACCACCUAAAGUUCAGGGCUGUCCAUCCCAUCCCACCAUACUAGGCAAUGAGCUGAAGCAAGAAACCGCCUGCUAGAGGAAAGAGAGGGUGCAAAUGCAAAGAGAUGUGCCCUCCCUCAGAUGCCCUGGCCUUGAGAGCGUGAGGCAGCUGCUGAGCCAUGUCGCAGAUGCUGCACAUAGAAAUCCCCAACUUUGGGAGCACCGUCCUGGGCUCCCUGAAUGAGCAGCGCCUCCUGGGUCUCUACUGCGAUGUCUCCAUCCUGGUCAAGGGCCAGGCCUUCAAGGCUCACCGGGCUGUCUUGGCAGCCAGCAGCCUCUACUUCCGAGACCUCUUCAGUGGCAACAGCAAGAGCGCCUUCGAGCUGCCGGGCUCCGUGCCGCCCGCCUGCUUCCAGCAGAUCCUCUCCUUCUGCUACACCGGCAAGCUGACCAUGGCCGCCAGCGAGCAGCUGGUGGUGAUGUACACAGCAGGCUUCCUCCAGAUCCAGCACAUUGUGGAGAAGGGGACAGACCUGAUGUUCAAAGUAAGCUCCCCACACUGCGACUCCCAGACGGCCAUGACGGAGGAGCCCUGCUCAGGGCCCCAGAGCCCCUGCCACCCCCUGCAGCCGCCUUCCCUGCCCUACGCCGUGUCCCCUUCCGUGCCCCUUCCACUGCUCACCCGCGUCAAGCAUGAGACCUUGGAGCCUGGGAAGCGGUCCUUGGAGUGCAGCCUGCGGGAGGCGGCCGGGGGCAGCUCCUCUGCCAGCGCCCCGCUCAAAUUGUCACGCGUCUCCUACUACGGGGUGCCCAGCCUUGCCACCCUCCUCCCCACCAUCCCUCUGGCUCAGUACUGCCAGGGAGAACGGACGAGCCCUGGGGCCAACAGCCUCCCCACCACCGACAGCCCAACCUCUUACCACAACGAGGAGGAUGAAGACGACGAUGAAGCCUAUGACACCAUGGCAGAGGAGCAGUAUGGGCAGAUGCACAUCAAGUCCACAGGCGGCUAUGCAGGGCCUCAAGAGAAGCCAGAGCCGGUGCCCCUGGAGAGCCGCUCUUGUGUCCUCAUCAGGCGGGACUUGGUCGCCCUCCCUGCCAGCCUUAUCAGCCAGAUUGGGUAUCGCUGCCACCCAAAACUCUACUCAGAAGGAGAUCCUGGAGAAAAACUUGAACUCGUGGCAGGCUCUGGUGUUUACAUCACUCGGGGGCAGCUGAUGAAUUGCCACCUGUGUGCAGGUGUGAAGCACAAAGUUCUCCUGCGGCGCCUGCUGGCCACGUUCUUUGACAGGAACACACUGGCCAACAGCUGCGGAACUGGGAUCCGGUCUUCCACAAGUGAUCCUAGCAGGAAGCCACUGGACAGCCGGGUCCUUAAUGCUGUGAAACUGUAUUGCCAGAAUUUUGCCCCAAGUUUCAAGGAGAGUGAGAUGAACGUCAUUGCAGCCGACAUGUGCACUAAUGCCCGCCGGGUGCGGAAGCGGUGGCUGCCAAAGAUCAAAUCCAUGUUGCCGGAGGGUAUGGAGAUGUAUCGCUCUGUCAUGGGCUCCACUACCAGCAGUAUCUCCCUGGACCCUGAAUUCCAGCCUUCCGCUGCUCAGAUGUUUGAACAGCGGAUCUAUGCGGAGCGGAGGGGGGAUUCUGGAACCAUUGUGGCACUGAGAACUAACACGGUCACUGUGGAUCAGAGCAACAGAUCCAGCCAGCUGUUUGAGCCGAAUGAGCAGGGGGAAGGGGCCAGUUCUGUCAUCCAGGAGUCUGCUGGCCCGGAAGCAAUGGCUUUGGAGAGCCACAGCACCACACCGCCUUUCGAACAGGGCCCACCUGGGUCCACUAGCCGGCCGGAGACUCCGGCAAGACGACCGGAAGGCCCCUACGGAGGAGGAGGAGGGACUUUGUGAAAGAGUCAGGAUCAUGCUGGGCUUGACCAACGAGGGAUCUCUAAUACUAAAGCUGCUUGCAUGCAUUAUUAAUACAGAAAAAAGAGAAAUGUGAUCAAACCAUUUACCUACUGAACUGCUACUGUUGCCUGAGAAAAAUGUGAUUUUUAUUCUGCUUGUGUUUUAAGAUGGAUGAAGGAAAUAUCACAUUCGUUAUACUGUAAGCAACUCUAGGCCUAAGGCAAACUACUUACGGAAAUUGGAAAUGAAACAAACCCCAGGUUCCUUUAAAAUCAAAAAUCCCGAGGUUUGUCUAGAAGGCAGUAGGAUUUUAUUUCAAAAGAGCUAAGCGAUAUUCCUCUCCCCCAUUCAUCCUCCUCCUCCUCCACCACCAUCCUUAGCCCUCCUCUUCCUCUUCCUCCUCCUUGGGGUGGGGCAUGUGCAGAGUGGGGAAGUAUGAGGGGAGGGGGCAAGGAGCUGAUGGAUGACGAGGAGGAGGCCUUGCUGGGGUUGGCUUCUGUAGGGUGAGGUUUUGGUUUGGUUGCUGCACAGUUCCAUUGCUUGGACCUUUUGUUUGACUUAUGGACAGGGAGGAUUUUUUUCAGGCACAAUCCACUAAGAAUAUAUCCUGUGCAGGCACUGUUGGGACGAAGGGACAUUUUUGCCUGGAAACUCCACCGGUGGCCAGUGCUCAGGAUAUUUGCCAGAUGGAAAGCCUUAAUUGCCCCUUUUCUUCCCUUGAUGGUGGCCCCCUGCCUGGUCGUGGUUCCAGGAUACCACCCUUUCCUUUGUGUCCCCCUCAGGCAAGGGCUUCCCCCAGAGUUUCUUUGUUCUGUUUUGGAAGGUGAGCGCAGGGCUCCUUCUGGCACAGCAACACCCUUCUGCUUCUGAAAUGAUUUGCAUCAGGUUGGGUACAUGACACCAUUUGUGGGUGUCAUAGAUUUCAUCCUGAGAAGUAUCAUGUUUGUGUGGGUGUGUGGCUACACAAAACAUUCCAGAAUGACUCCCAUGAUACUAUUUGGCCUGCUCUUAGAUACAGGGGCAUCUUUGAGCUGCUGCAUUUUGUUUAAUACUGAAAUUUUGCUGGCAGAGACAGCGAAAGGCAAAAAGUGCUUGGGGUGGGCAGAGGUGCCUCCCAAGGGGCUAAUACUCAGGCCUCACUCUAACCUGAUGCAUCUCAUGAGACCGGGAAGGGGAGUUAUUGUUAGCAUUGAGUGGUGCAUUGAUGGAGGUGGAAUAUGGUAAGGCUCUACUGGAGCAGAGUGCGGCUGCAAUUGCUGUUCAUGGCAUUUCUGAAGGCAUUUCUGAAGGAGCAGACAGGGAAGAGAAAAGAGAUCAGAGGGAGAGGUGAGAAGGGGGACACUGACUUGAGAGCUUUAUGGCACAGUUGGCCAGAAUGAUUGUCUAUGCUGGCUGUCCAACCCUACCCCACCCCACCCCAAACUCCGUUGUUCCUUUUUAGGAUCUGUGUUUUCCUAUUUGAUACCACUCUUCUUUUUUUGAGAAAGCUCACGUAAUAUAGGCAGAACAAGUUUUUCAGUUCUGAUGGCUUGAGCUGCUUUGUCUGGUAGGGUGCUUCUUAGAGAGGUGCAGCUCAACUUUCACAUCUGAAAGGUGUUGGGUGCAGAGCAAACUUUGGCCAAAGGAGAACCAGCAUGUGUGCAAGAGACAGAGUAAGUUGGGGUGGGAUCUGGGCUGGGGAAUCAGGCAGGCAGCCUAGCUUGCUUUUUGGGUAUGUGUGGCAGGGGGAGAGCAGUCUCAUUUUUGCUGCACUCAGCACCUCCCCGCACCUCCCCCUAAUAUAUGUCGGACAGGCGUGGCAGAGGAGAGAGUAGGGGGAAGCUACUGUGGCCCGACUGGGCUAUUUCAUAAAUGGAAGGGCAAAGAGGCCCCUUCUCUAGUCUCUGGUUGGAUGGCCAUUGCAGGGGGUUGCCUAGAUUACCCUUGGAGGUACCUUUCCUCUCCACAGUUCUAUAAUGGAAAGGUGCUUUUGCUCUGGGAUCUGCCCCUUUUCCAACUCCAAAAUGGGUCCUUGGCUGCCCUUCCCUUAGCUGUUCUAGAAUGGUUUAUCCCAAGAUUCAGUCACCUUGAUCGAAACACAAGAGUUACUGGAAGGCCCCCACCUGGUAUGUGAGAGGAGAUGCUUCACCAUGAAGGGUGUGCUUCUUAGGGAUCUCUCCUCUUUUGUUAGCCCAAACCCCUCCUUGUUGUAAGGGUUUGUCUCUGCUUUUCUAGGCAGGAUCCCUCUGUGGGUUUCUGGGAAGGGACCACAAAGAGCAGGCUCUUGAGGGGGGAGGGGAGACAGACUGAGUUUGGGGGGCUUUUCAGGUGCAGAAAGCUCAGGAGAGUGGGAGCUUCUGAGAGCUCUGCAAUGGGUACUUUCUGAGCUCCAGGUGCGGCUCUGUGCUGGAGCCAAUGGCAUGAGGUGUUGCAGGGUUUGCUCUAUUCCUGGUGGUUCCUCCCUUUGCCAUGUGACCAUGGAGGCUUUGGAGGGAGUCCUUGCCUUUGGCCAAUAUUUGAAACUUCAUUUUGGUCCCUGAAUAAAAAACUGUGGUCCCUGAUCUGUACCAGUGCCACCCCACAAAAGGAUUAAAACCAGCUGAGCACUGAUGAAGUGGAUGGAUGAGGCCUUGAGGAGGGGAAGGAGAAGCACCAGGAGGCUGAGCCAACUGUCUUCAGGCUUUUUCUGGUCUGGGAUGCCUCUAUAGCUGCUGCUCAAUCAGGCCAGUGGCCUAUAUAGUCCAUCCUAACCUCACAGUGCUCAACCAGAUGCCUUUUACAAGAAACUCACAAGCACUGCCUGAGUACAGGAGCAGUCCUCUCCCCUCAUGCAGUUUCAAGCAACUAGUAGUUGGCCUGGUACUCCCACAGGUCCUUGGUACCCUUGCCCUGUGUGCCAUAGGGAAGGGAAGGCAAUGCAAGGCUUCAUCUGGGAUCUGGCAUGAAGCCCUGGCAGUUGACUCUACGCCUUCAAGGGCCUAAUUCUGCAUUUGCGGGUGAAUGAGAACUUUGUUAUCAGAGUGAGCAGUCGAGUAAUGCUCUGCCCUAGAAGGUCCAGUGAGUAGGGGCAGCUCUCUAGGCAGUGCCCCCCUUCUGUAUCUUCCCCUGAGUCAAUGGUAAAGGGGAUUGGGUCCAUGAAAAAUGAUGGCAUCAAACUGAAAGGAUUACUGCCUUUCUUAUCUUGGGUCAUUUCCUUUUCCAAUUGGAUACCCUACCCAAAAUAAUGGUGGUACAAAGUGCAUCCAGGAGCUCUUCCACCCGCCCCUGGCCCCAUGAUGAAAUGACCAGAACAUAAAGGAAAUACUUGAAUGGCUUAGAAAAGAAUCCGAAGAGAGUGUCGCAUUGCACAGUUAAGAUAUAUUUUUAUACCGAGCACAAUUUCAUGUACAUUUUUAUUUGGGGUUUCUUUGUUUAUUUUUACUUUCUAGUAAAAGAGAGAGAGAGAGAGCGCUUUAGGUAAACUUGAAAAAAUGUGAAUGGUUUGUUUUUGGGGAGGGGGGCCUUCCUUGUCUUCUUGAUGAGGAUGAGCAUUUGCACUAAACUAGAUCCGCAUGUGGAGGCUUAAGGGCAGAUUUCCAAGAUGUAUCUGUGGAUCGUGAUUGUCUCCUCCCUGGUGGGAAGGAAGAAUGUCGCAAAAUAAAAGAAUGUAAAGUGAGAAUGAAGCCCAGAAUGAUCGGGAUUUCCUGAGUGCCUUAGCCCUUUUUGGAUCACUUGUUUUCCAUGCGGAGGGGACAGAGAGGGGGGGAAAUGCCAGAUCAGAAGGAAUGCCCCCUGCCCCGAUUUCCCCCUCUUUGUUUACAAUAAUGCUAGAAAUGUCACGAGAGUGUCUGGGAGUUGCUUUCUGACUGUGAUGAUGCAUAAUGUGAAAUGGAAACGGCAUCCCUCUAGAUCUUUAAAAAAAAAGGAAGCAGAAGUAUUUAUGGUAUGUCUGCACCUCUAUUCUUAAUGCUUGACUGUUAGCAAUAUUACAUGUGUAUAUUAUAUAUAUAUAUAAAUAUAUAUUAAAAGUUAUAUCAAGCACCUUUUUAAAGAGAGAGAAAACCGAGUGAACUUAAUGGUUGCCACAUCAUAGUAUAGGAAUCGAACCAACAUUCCCACCCCCUCCUUUUCUGCAAUGGAAACACCCCCAGAUUGCAGUUGCUUUGUAGAUUAGCCUGGCUUCUCCAAGGUUUCUUUACCUAACCCUUGCUCAGAAUUGUGCAAUUCCAGGGUUUAUUUUUACUCUAAACCAAAAUUUGGAGCCAAAAACAAGACUUGGAAAAAAAAAAGAUUCCAGAAAUCUGAUCUCAUUGCAAAGGUGAGACCAUGUUAAGCCAUAAGUCCUGUCCUUUUGUCUGCUUUGAGACUUCCCUGACAGUUAUUCUCUUCUUGCUCCAACUGAAAUGGCCACUAAUUCAACCCUCAAGUUGCCAGAGAUGUUUGGCUGUUCCCCAUUUUUCUUACCUGUCCUGGGAAUCCAGUUUGGAAAUUUGUUUUGCUUAAUUGAAGAAAUUCUUCUUUCUCAUUUUAAUUAAGGGCUGGAAAGCAUCCUGGCCAGAAAGUUUAGCUUUUUUUGUAGGAUGCUGAUUUGCCAGGGUGGAUAAAAGGUUGUGACAGUUUUCUCACCUGGUGUGGCAACCUUUCCUGGUACUUCUCAUCACUGAGGAAUUGGGACCUCUUGGUGACUUCUCUUUCCUGCAUCUUCUUCCUUGCAGCAUUAAAUGCAAAGAGGAAAAGCAAAUUGGUGCCACCCUCCUCCAACAGGGCAGGAGAAGGGGGAAUUCUAAAAAGGGCACAGACAUUUGGGCAUGGCUCUCUCCAUGGAAAAGGUGCCAUGGGGAGACGGGCUGCUUUACAUGUAAUCAUCUUUGCCUGAGAAGAUGUGAUGUUGGCUUCCCUGAGCCGCAGAGUUUCCACAGCUGUCCAAAUGAUGCAGCCUGUGAUAUGUGCUGUGCAUUUUGACCUUCUCUCCUGUGGCCAUUAAGGGAUCCCUAACCAGUCUUAAAGGGCCAGGGGUGCAAAGCACUUUCAGUGUCACUGUUACAAUGUUGCUGUGGCUGCCCAUAGAGGGUUGUGGUCAAUUCACUGGGUGCCCACCUUGGAGCAAGGCAAUCUGCGCCUCUGCCAAAGCUGGCAUGAGAGGAGGGAAAGAGGGAUCCCAUGUGUUGUCCUUGCUGAAGAACUUACAAUCUUCUGUUUCUUCCAAAUGUCCUUUUUGCACUUUUACGUCUGAGGUGGAGGGGAGGGAGCCCAACCUUGCAAUACUAUUUUUAAGACUCAAAAAUGAUAAAGUCAUAGGCUAAGCAAGAAAAUGUAUAAAUAUGUUUUAACUUGAACCUUUGGAUUGCACUUGAUUCAGAUUGAGUGCAGAUCCUUUUCAGCUGCCUGAGAGAAAAGUCUUAAGAGAGAGCAAAAGGGUUGCUCUUGGAGUCUUUAUCAAGAGUACCCAGUAGUACUGUAACUCAUGACUGUUAAAAAUAAAUGAAAAGUUUAAAAUCCCAGCGCUAAUAGGGGAGAUUUUGAAGUGCUUUGGAGUUGUUUCAGCCACGCAAAGUUUCGUUUAUUCUCUUUGUUAUUUAUGUGCCAUCCCUCAGCUUGAGACUGUUACAGCCAUGGCUAACACUAUAGAUUCAGAACAGUGUCAGGUGGCUGGG